UCCUUUCGCGCCGCUGCACGCUGUCUGCAUACCGACAGGCAGCGGCUCCAAGCUAUCUAUAUAUACCCCGACAGAGAGGAAGCAUCCGGCUCCGUUUCGCCAUGUGCCAACCGCCCGCCGAAAAUGUCGUCAGGGAAAUGCUGGGCCCUCUCCUCUCCGAGGACGUAGCCAUCGACAAGUUACAGCCGCUCCCUUCCGACCGCCCCCUGAGAGUUCACCAAGUUCUCCUUUCGGACGGCAGAACACUGCACCUCGUUCUCCCGCCCGUAUUCAUGUGGCGACCUUUGAGAGCCGAGCAAGACAUGCUGGCGUCCGAAGCGGUCACGGUGCGGUGGGUCAGGCAGGCUCUCGCCAGAGGAGAUCCCGAUGCUGGGGAGCAGACUUCCCGAUCUCCUCUCAAGCCUGGCCCUGCCGCCACUAUACUCCCCCUCGUACCAAAUCUUCUGCGCCGCGGCCAAGGGAGCCAACUCCCCGACUCUUCCUUCGCCGUGUACGAACCCAUCCGCGGGACGUCGCUCUCCCUCCUUCCGACCCAGCCAACACCGGCUUCACAGCACGAGAUCGAUCGGCAACUUGGCGGUCUGUUCCGCAGCCUGGCCACCCUAACCGCACCCACAAACCGCUUCGGGCCCCUGGCAGCUGUCAUCGGCGGCGACACGCCAGAGCCAGCUCACCCACUUGGAGGGGUAGGGGUGGCUGCAAGACUCUUGAAAGGUCUGAUGGAAGGGGGCCUCUCCGCUACCGGCGGUGCGGAGACAUGGUCGGUGGCGUUCCACUCUAUGCUGGAGGGUGUUCUGCGGGACGGCGAGGACAUGGCCGUCGUGAUACCGUAUCCCACCAUCCGGAAGCAUUUUCGACGACUGGGGUACUUGUUGGACGAGGUUACGAUACCGCGGCUGGUGGUGGUCGAGGGCGCAGGGGAGGCAAACGUGCUAGUCGCCGAAGAAGGCGAGUGGAAGGGCGAUGAGAGGGACGGGGAGCCGGAAGAGAAGGGGGUUGGGGGUAGUGGUAGUGAGUAUGCUAUGGGAGACAGUAGAGGGGAAGAACCAGAGCAUGGGAAUGGGGCAGCAAGACGUCUCGACAAAGGAAAAGGGCCGCCAGGGCCAAAGCAAAAAAAGGUAGAGACGAAUGAAGAAGAGCAACGACGCGUACAACAACAGGAACAACAGCGGCACCAGCGCCAGCAGCAGCAGCAACAACAACAACAACAACAACAACACCACCACCACCACCACCACCAACACCAACAACAACAACAACAGGCCUUGAAACUCACGGGUCUCCGCGACUGGAGCAGCGCCAUCUUCGGCGACCCCCUCCUUGCAACCAUCUUCAGUGACCCAGUGGGUCACAGACAACCCCCUUCGUCUGCUUUUCUGGAGGGUUUCAAUGCCGAAGACCUCAGCCACAACUCCGGCCACGACCCAGGUGCCCGUCGCCUUCCCUACCCCCUAGACCAUACCAUAAUACAAGGCGUCGACACAGCUUGGAUCCGAAUUCUGUUCUACAAGGUCUACCACGCCGUUACGCGCAUCGUGGCCGAGUUCUACCGGCCGCGACCGGACAGCAGCGCACGAGAGCUCGAGGCACGGAGACAGCUGAAUGGAGUUCUGGCAAAGCUGGCGGAGGUUUCUGGAGACGCAAAGAAGAGACAUCCGAGGCCAACAGGGGAGAUGUCGCCCGCAAAGAGGCUGAGAGCAGCCGGAGAUGGACAAUGACGGCGGCCACGUUCGUUCUGCUGGCUGUGGCUGCUGCUGGACGGUCGAAGAUGGGACUCUUAAGAGACGCCAUGACAGGGCUGUCAA